AUGGCGACCGCAGCUACCCCCGAGUCCUCCCUCCUCUCUCUCCUCUACCGCUCGUACCCGGCCGCCAUCUCUUCCGAUGCCACUGAGCCCGAUUACCUCCACGCCUCCUCCAAGAUCUUCCCACAGGUGAACUUUGGCGAGGCAGACGAUGCAGACAUCAAGCAAUGGCUGAACGCUGUCUCCGGCUUCAAGGCUGCCCAGGCCAAGGACGAUAAGCCUGUCAUUGACAGCAUCCUGGCUCAGCUGAACACCCACCUGGCCUCCCGCACUACCCUGCUCGGCGCGAAGCCCUCGGUUGCCGAUGUUGCCGUGUAUGCUCUUAUCGCUCCUCUGGUCGAGAAGUGGUCCCCCGAGGAGCGUACUGGCGAGAAGGGUUAUCACCAUAUUGUGCGCCACAUCGACUUUGUCCAGAACUCCAAGCUCUUCUCUCUGCAGAUCCCAGAGGAGGAGAAAGUCGUCAUCGAUGUGAACGACGUCAAGUUCGUUCCCAAGCCCGUCGAUCCCAAAGAGGAGAAGGAGCGCAAGAAGCGCGAGAAGGCUAAUGCCCAGAACCCUGAUGCUACUGCUGAGAAGCCCCUCGUUGUGGGUAAGGGUAAGCCCGAAAACACUGCGGAGGCUGCCGCUGCCGCUGCCGCUGGCCCGCCCAAGACCAACAAGAAGGAGAAGAAGGAGAAGAAGGAGAAGGCCCCCAAGCCUGCGCCUGCUCCCGCUGCUCCUCCUUCGCCCUCUCUGAUCGAUCUGCGUGUUGGCCAUAUUCUGCGCGCGAUCAACCACCCUAACGCCGACUCGCUGUAUGUCUCCACUAUCGACUGUGGUGAUGCCCCCGGUAGCGACAACACCUCCCUGGAUGAGGAGACUGGCAAGACUGUCCGUACCGUUUGCUCCGGUCUGAACGGCUUGGUUCCUCUUGCUGAGAUGCAGGGCCGCAAGAUUGUGGCUGUCUGCAACCUGAAGCCCGUCACCAUGCGUGGUAUCAAGUCCGCUGCGAUGGUUCUAGCUGCCUCUCCCCGUGUUGAGGAGGGCGGUGACUCUCACGCCGGCCCCGUCGAGCUUGUCAACCCCCCAGCGGAUGCUCCUGCUGGUGAGCGUAUCACCUUCCAGGGUUGGUCAGAGGGCCAGCCUGAGAAGCAACUCAACCCCAAGAAGAAGGUCUGGGAGACGUUCCAGCCUGGCUUCACCACCACUGAGGAUCUCGAGGUUGCCUUUGAUAGCAGCGCCGUCCCUGUUGCCAAGGAGCAGGAGGGUAAGCCUGCAAUCGGCAAGCUGGUCACUGCCUCAGGCGUUGUGUGUACAGUCAAGAGCCUUAAGAAUGCUACUGUGCGGUAA